UGUUUCUGUUCAGUAACGUUGAUCUGAGAAGAAACUACAAUUUAAAAAUUGUCGUUGAGAGUCACGUAUUUUGGGAUUCUUAUUAUUAUAACAACUGUUCCGUCUAACGACCUUGGUUUCAUUCCUCAAAACUGUAGUGAAAUAUUCAACAACGUUUUUGUCUUGGCGAAUGAGAAAACUUUUUCAUACUUUUUCUUUCGCCAUUCAUCAGUGAAUUCGAUUGUUUGUAGUGGAUAGGAAGAAAGUAGUCAGUGGAAAAUUUCUAUUCAAAUUAUUUGAGUUUUAUUGAAAUGCGUGAGGUAAUUUCGGUCCAUGUUGGCCAAGCAGGAGUACAAAUUGGUAAUGCUUGUUGGGAGCUGUACUGCUUGGAACACCAUUUAGAUAAAGAAGGAUAUUUCGUUCGUGAUUCGCCAGUUGAUGAUUUGAGUUUCACGACCUUCUUCAGCGCAACGGACAAUGGAAAACAUAUACCAAGAAGUAUUUUUGUUGAUUUGGAACCCACUGUUAUUGAUUCCGUGAGGUUGGGUGCCUACAGAAAUUUAUAUCAUCCAGAACAAUUGAUCACUGGAAAAGAAGAUGCUGCUAAUAAUUAUGCAAGGGGGCAUUACACUGUUGGGAAAGAAGCCAUCGAUAAGGUGAUGGACAGAAUAAGAAAACUAUCUGAUCAAUGUGAAGGACUGCAAGGCUUUUUGUUGUUUCAUUCAUUUGGGGGAGGAACUGGAUCAGGUUUCACCUCACUUUUGAUGGAAAGGCUCGUAGCGGACUACGGAAAGAAAAGUAAAUUGGAGUUCGCUGUAUACCCAGCCCCUAGGAUAGCAACGGCAGUGGUUGAACCGUACAAUGGCGUUCUCACCACACAUGCAACUUUAGAUCAUUCUGAUUGCGCUUUCAUGGUUGACAAUGAGGCAAUUUAUGACCUAUGUCAAACCAAGCUGAACAUUUCACGACCCAGCUACGAAAAUCUUAAUAGGCUCAUCGCGCAAAUUGUUUCCUCAACUACGGCAUCUUUGAGAUUUGAUGGUUCCAUGAAUGUUGAUUUAACGGAGUUCCAAACAAAUUUGGUACCCUAUCCAAGGAUUCACUUUCCUCUUGUUACUUAUGCUCCCAUUAUAUCUGCCGAGAAGGCCUAUCACGAACAGGUAUCAGUCGCUGAUAUCACAAAUGCUUGCUUUGAACCAGCAAACCAAAUGGUCAAAUGCGAUCCCCGUAAUGGAAAGUAUAUGGCAUGUUGCAUGUUAUACCGAGGAGAUAUUGUGCCGAAAGAUGUUAAUGCGGCUAUUUCUAUCAUCAAAAGCCGAAGGAAUAUCCACUUCGUUGAUUGGUGUCCAACCGGAUUCAAGGUUGGAAUAAACUAUCAACCGCCAACAGUUGUGCCGAAUGGUGACUUAGCAAAGGUUUCAAGAGCUGUAUGCAUGUUGUCAAAUACCACAGCGAUAUCUGAAGCUUGGGCAAGACUGAACUACAAAUUUGAUCUCAUGUAUGGAAAGAGAGCUUUCGUUCACUGGUACGUUGGUGAAGGCAUGGAAGAGGGAGAAUUCUCGGAAGCCAGGGAAGAUCUGGCGGCAUUAGAAAAAGAUUAUGAGGAAGUUGGAACAGACUCUGCAGUAGAUGAAUGUUUUGAUGGAGAACAAACGUUUUAAAAGGCGGAUGGCCGGUCCAUAUUUUCGAAAGAGUACAUUGGUAUUUUGGUAUAUUUCUACCGUCUUCCUUUUAUGUUUUACUAGUCAUAUACAUCAACAGUGUCCUGGGGUGAAUGUUAUUUUUAUAAUUCAUAGUUGUUAUAAUUUUUGUUCUACCCAUUUUUAAUUCUGCAUAUAUCGUAUCUUAUUUAUUUAAUCUUCAAAAUAAAUCUUUCUACCAAGUU